GCUUCACAUUUUACUGCUGGAGGUUGUCACUUGACUGGAGGUGGCCUGGGUCGUAGACGGGGUCAGGGGCUGGGUCGUGGACUUGGUCGUGGACUGGAUCAUGAAUGAAGUCGUGGACUGGGUCGUGGACAGGGUCAGGGACUGGGUUGUGAACUGGGUCGUGGACUGGGUCGUGGUUGGGGGCAUGGACUGGGUCAGGGACUGGGUCGUGAACUUGGUCGUGGAGUGGAUCGUGGAGUUGGAUAUUUUCUGGGAGGUGGACUGGGUCGUGGACUGGGUCAUGAACAGGGUCAGGGACUGGGUUGUGGACUGGGUCGUGGAUGGGGUUGUGGACAGGGUCAUGGACUGGGUCGUGGACUUGGUCGUGGACUGGGUCGUGGACUGGGUCAUGGACAGGGUCAGGGACUGGGUUGUGGACUGGAUCAUGGACAGAGUCAGGGACUGGGUUGUGGACUGGGAGGUGGACAGGGUCAGGGACUGGGUUGUGGACUGGGAGGUGGACUGGGUCGUGGAUGGGGUUGUGGACAGGGUUUUCUGGGAGGUGGACUGGGUCGUGGACUGGGUCAUGGACAGGGUCAGGGACUGGGUUGUGGACUGGGAGGUGGACAGGGUCAGGGACUGGGUUGUGGACUGGGAGGUGGACUGGGUCAUGGACAGGGUCAGGGACUGGGUCGUGGACUGGGUCAUGGACAGGGUCAUGGACUGGGUUGUGGACUGGGUCGUGGACUGGGUCAUGGACAGGGUCAGGGACUGGGUUGUGGACUGGAUCAUGGACAGAGUCAGGGACUGGGUUGUGGACUGGGAGGUGGACAGGGUCAGGGACUGGGUUGUGGACUGGGAGGUGGACUGGGUCAUGGACAGGGUCAGGACUGGGUCGUGGAUGGGGUCGUGGACUGGGUUGCGGACAGGGUCAGGGACUGGGUCGUGAACUUGGUCGUGGAUGGGAUCGUGGACUGGGUCGCGGACAUGGUCGUGGAUGGGGUCGUGGACUGGGUCAUGGACUGGGUCGUGGACUGGGUCAUGGACAGGGUCAGGGACUGAGUUGUGGACUGGGUCAUGGACAGGGUCAGGGACUGGGUUGUGGACAGGGUCGUGGACUGGGUC